AAUAUCUUUGUAACAAGAUUGUAAGAUUUAAGUGUAUAUGAAAAAUUACUCGCAAAUAAAUAAUACAAAAAACAAGUAAAAUUUGCAUUAACUGAUAAUAGACCAAAGAAGAAAUCUUUGCUUUAUCCAGUGCCAUACAGCUUGAGAAAAUAUUCAGACUACCGUUUGCCUGCCCCUGCAGGGGAGUUUCAUUGCACUUACUGCAGUGCUGAGGUUGAGGAGGACGCCUCUGCACUUCCUAAACGAGAUGCCAGGACGCUGCUUGCCAGGUUCAAUGAACAGAUUGAGCCCAUCUAUCUCCUUCUGCGUGAAACUGAAGAUGUGGUCCUCCCAUGUGAGCUACUUGAACCAGAGCCCACAGAAAUACCAGAGUUGGUGCAGAGUGUUGAUCAGAUGUCUUCUGGAAAUAUGAAAGACCGAUCUGAGAGAUGGUCAAGGAGUACAUCAUCGUUCAAUAUGUAUGUGCAGAACUUGGUUGUGGAUCUCCAGGACUCCAAUUCCAAUACAGCUCAAUCAGCGAAUAAAUCUGCCAAAGAGUGUCCAAUCUGGAUGGCACAAAGCACGGUGCUAGGAGCCUCUGUUCAGCCAUCAGAAAGCAACAGGGAUGAUAAUGUGGCUGAAACCUGUGACCUGAAUGCCAACAGCAAGGAGCCUAUUGAUGAUGAAGUAAUCAGGACCCUUCUAAUUCAUGAGAAAAAAUCAUCUGCAAGAGAGAGUACAACACAUAGCUCUGGUGCCCAUCAGAAGGAAUCCUCUGGUAGUGACACCAGUGAAUCGGAUGAAGAGUCCAAGGCUGCAAAGUCUCAGCUUAUGAAGCUACCAGGCACUCCCUCAAAGCAAAAGGAUGCAGAGGAGGUUGAGGAUGAUAAUGAUCCUGUAGUAAUGAUCGGUGGGCGGCCACACAUGUAUAGUGAGGUCAGUGAGCAUCCUGAGCUGGUUUCUUUUAUGACUGGGGAAGAGCGAGAGGCAUACAUUCAGAUUGGCAAACUCAUGUUUCAUGCCAUGUAUGACUAAAUAUAAUGUGAAAAAGCAACCCUGGAUUAGUGUUUGUGUUUAUUUAUUUUUAGUACCCCCUCACUUUCAGCCAGUCAGCACUUU